AUGACAGGGGGACUUCAACGACUGGUGCUCAAAGCUGCAUUUCUGGAGCAUAGAGUUUCGGAUCCAGCAGCCCUGCAGAGGCGAGAUGAGAUGGCCGCUUCUCCCAUCCUGGUCUCUUCCUGCCACAAUGCACGUCUGGGGCAUCCACUGCGAAUCACCGCUGUUUCUGCCCCUCUGACCUUCCUGAUGAAGGCUGGUGAUAAUCUUCUUCAGUGUUCCGUUGCAUGCUCGAGCUCCCGUCUUGCAGAUUCUCGCGCACCAGACUUUAAUCUGACUGGGUCGAGCAUCGGCACCUUUUCUUACACAAUCAUGUUGCGGAGCAAUGGGGGUGGAAUGUGGACUAUGGACCGGGCCAUGCUACCGACCGACCGACCGACCGAGCUCGCCACAUCGAGCUUUGGCACUCUUCUUGAACUAUACUCUGGUACAGAAGCGGUGGUACACUGCUGGUUCUUGCUCGAGGUGGAGACGGCUGACCAGGCAUCGCACUAG